GCCUCUACAGUCUGCACAUAUCUUUAUCAGAAUGAACAAGCAGACAAGUCUUGAGAACUCUAUAUAAACAGAACCCCAUAUCUCAUCUUCCAUCACCAACAAUCUCUCAUCAAACCAUUUGCAACACAAUACCAAACCAAAACUUCUUUGUGUGAGCCACAUAUCCAAUGGCAUCACAAAUCGAGAGCCACCGCUCUGGUGCGGAGAUCGUCAAUGGAGAUGCCAUCUGCAGGAAGAAGUCCAUUGAGCUGCUGGAAGAACUUGGUCUCCCCAAGGGCCUCCUGCCAUUGGAGGACAUCGAGGAGUUCGGGUACAACAGGGGGACUGGGUUCAUGUGGUUGGUGCAGAAGAAGAAGAAAAUUGAGCACACGUUCAAGAAGAUCAAGCAGACCGUCUCCUAUGCCAACGAGGUCACGGCAUUCACUGAGAAAGGGAAGCUGAAGAAGAUCACCGGAGUGAAGACCAAGGAGCUGCUGCUCUGGCUCAGCGUUGUUGAGGUCUACAUCACCGAUGCCUCGCCGGAUAAGGUCACCUUCAAGACAGGAACCGGGCUCUCUGAUACCUUCGAUGCUGCCGCUUUUGCUCUUGGUGAGUAAGGCUUAAGGAGUCAGUCAGCUACUGUAAGCUAGAGAUGGUGCAAAUCUGUAAUCUUAAUUAUGUAAAAGGCUUAAAGCCACUAUCUUACAUCACCAUGUACUGUUAUAUAAAUCUUUUGUAUUGUAAUUUGCUAACAUAUAUGAGUAUAUUCCUGCAUCUGUUCCAGUAUUAAAAAAA